GAUCAUACAUACUCCCUAGAUGAAGCAAACGCUCAAAAUUUUGUGCCAUCAUUUGUGACAAAGAUAGACAAUUUCUUUUUCACAAUUUUCAACGUACUUGCGCAUAAAUCACCCACCUGUCGUGUUUCUGACAACUUAAUCAGUGACGUGCAUUAAUAGAUAUUAAUUUUCUUUAUGUUAUUUGUGUCGUACGUAUUGGAUUUUUACAUAUUCAUAAUCGUUUUAUAAUGAUUUGCGCAUUGUGUAACGAACCUUACGUAAAAGGAAGCUCUAUUUCGUUUCAUGGAUUUCCAAAGAACCAAGAUUCUCGUUCACUGUGGCUGCAAGCAUGUAAACUACCUGGUACUAUUCCGAAACAGGCUAAAUUGUGCUCUAAACAUUUUACCAUUGAAGAUUUUCAAGUGUACAACACUACAGGUAGUCGCUUAUUAAAAUCGACCGCUGUACCAUCACAAAAUAUGACAAGAAUCGUGAAAUCAUCUAAAUCAUUUCAAUUGGGAAAAUCCUUCAUCUUCAGCAGCAACGCAAAUGUAAUCCAAUCCUCUGCAUCCACUCAAAGUAAUGAAAAUAUUGACACAAGCAAUAUAAUAAGUGUGACUAAAGCACCUUCCACAUCCUUUAUCAAUUUUUGUAGUCGUUGUAAGGUGGAGUGUCCACCGGAUCGGCUCGACGAGUUAGCCCGAUCAACACUUGUAGCCAUUUGGGAUUGAUACAACUAAAACCGUGAUUAUAGAUGUCCACCAUAUUUUGGGUUUACGUUUGUGAUAAGCUCAUUCCAAAUGGUCUGUUGAAACUAAUGAUAAAGAUCGUGCAUGUGAUAUUGAGGCACAUCUACAUCAACUAGUGACCAAA